UUAUUGCGGCUCGGGGGCGGCGCCGAUCUACGGGAAGCUUCGGAUUCUGUGUGUUGGCCUUGCUGCGACGUCCGGAAGGCACGCUUGGCGCCGGUGCUCGGUUGCUGGGCGCCGGGGGUCCCCCGUGUGCCGCGCCCCUGGGCCGCCGUCGGGGGCCCCUCCGUCUGCCGCAGCUUGGCCCUUGAGCUCGUCGGCUCCACGUCCCUCAGGGCGCACCGGGGUCUCAGCUAACGGCUCUUGGGGGGCUUCCACGUGUAAGGCGUGACCCCACCUCUUUAGCCACGUCCUUGGCUAAACACCCCCAGUGUUUUUGGCUGCAGAGGUUGCUUUGCUAUUUCGUGGACUUGAAUCCCAAACCUUCCGGCUUCUGGGGCAUACGGGGUGCUUCCCUCCGCGAGUACAUUCCAGACAGUUCCGAGCUCGGCUAGGCUUCCUGAUGAGACUGACUUUGUAGUGGAUUCUAGGCGUGUAGUUAUGAACAGGACAAGCUCCAUGCCCCCGUGGAGCUCCAUAAGGUCUGAAAUAAAGAGAUGAGUAAGUGGGCCCGGGACGAUGGUACAGUGGGAAAGGCUUUAUUCCCCUUGCACGCAGCCCACCCUGCUUCCAUCUCCAGAACCUCAUGGUUUCCCCAGGCCUGCCAGGGUUGAGUCCUGAGAGCAGAGGCAGGAGUAAGCCCUGAAAACAAAGAGAAAUCAAUAAGCAAGACAAGCCCACCUAGCUGUAUAAAGACAGUUCUCCAGUGGAAGUAACCUUAGCGUGGAAGGUUAGAAUCGAUCGUCUGAGCUGCGUUUCCCAGCUCCUGUGCGGAUACGUGCAGGGACGUGCAGCGGGAGCCGCAGAGCCCUUCCCCAGCCCGCCAAGGAGAGCUGUAGGUGGGGGAAGAGGUUCAUGCCCAGGCGCACAGUGUGCGGACGGUGGAGGCUUUCAGUCCUGGCACUAAGGAAGUGCCAGAGAGAUGGAUGAGAUUCUCGAGGAGUUUCUCAGGAGGACCCUCUGGAAAAUGCCCAUCGCCGAGAUCGUGCCUGUCCUAAAAGCCUGGGACUUUCUGUCUGAAAAUCAGCUACAGUCCUUAAAUUUACGGCAGAGGAAAGAACUGCUCAUUCGGGACGUGGUCCUGCUGUGUGAGGAGAAGAAGGCCAGCCUCCAAGACGCCGCCCUUCUGGACCUGACUUAUACUCAGUUACAUCAGCAUCAGAAAGUCUGGGACGUUUUCCAGAUGAACAGAUUACCAGGGGAAGACAGCGAUGACCUCUUUGAUAUGGAGCAGUUCAAACAGUCGUUCAAGAAAGUUCUCCAGAGAGCGUUAAAGAACGUGACAGUCACCUUCAAGGACGCAGAAGAGAACGCAGUUUGGAUUCGCGUCGCCUGGGGAAGCCAGUACAAACAGCCGAACCAGUACCACCCGACGUUCGUGGUCUACCACGAGCAGACCCGCUACGCAUUCGUGUCUUCCUCCCGGCUGAAGAGCACCGCCACCCUGCUGGGCCAGGCCCUGGUGGUCGCCAGCAAGCAUCAUCAGAUUGUGAAGAUGGACCUUCGGAGCAGGUACCUGGCCUCUCUGAAGGCCAUCGUCUUCAAGCAGUACAAUCAGAUCUUUGAAACUCACGACUCCUCUUCACCUCUACGGGAAAGAAGCCUGAAUAUCAACAUGGAUCCAAGGGUCACUCACGAAAACAUAGUUAAAAAAGAGAGAGUCCGAAGAGUGACUCAAGAAACUUUCGGAGAUUAUCCUCAGCCAAGACUGGAGUUUGCCCAGUACAAGCUUGAAACAAAAUUCAAAAGUGGAGGAAGAAUCUUAGCUGAUAAAGAAGAACCCCUCCGAUGCUUGGUAAAGUUCUCUAGUCCGAACCUGAUGGAAGCGUUGCGAUCCUUAGCGCCAGCCGGUAUUGCAGAUGCACCUCUUUCUUCUUUGCUCACUUGCAUACCCAGGGAAGGAGUGAAUUAUUUUAAAAUCAGAGAUAAAUAAGAUGUGUAGCUUUUCGUAAGCCCACAUCUCCUUCGCCACAUUUCAGUCAGAGACAGGCCGGGGUGCCUGUGCUCUGGAAACCCCUGACGGCGACAGUUUAGAAAUGUCUGAGGAAGUGUCGGCGCUUACUCCUCUCCCACAUCCGGGGUGAGCAAAGGCCCCAGGCUCCAUCUCCAUGCCUGCAGGCUGUGAGGCAGGCAUGCCGGCCAGCCCCCGGUGCUGUGUCCUGGAUCCUGCUCCUGUCCCCUCUCCUGGGAAGAUCUCAUGCCACUGCAGCCCCCCAGGGACUCUCCCUCCACCCUCCGGGGGUCACUGGAAGAGGCGCCAAGAAACUCACCCAACGGGAAACUUCCUGGGAGGAUCAUGAAAUUGGCCCGUUCAGAGGAAUGAUGAAUUUAUGAAGGUCUAUAAAGUUCUGGUUGCAGUUAUGAUUAUUAGGCAUGUAAAGCAAUGAUUUUGUAAAUGCGAUACUUUGCACGGCCUUUUUUUUUUAUCAUGGUGUAUAGCAAUCAAACUGCCAAGUAUUAUAUCCAGAUUUGUAAAUAAACAUUUAAAAACUGG